AUGAUGGCUCGUGGCAUGUCAUUCACCGACAUAGUAUCCAAGCCCCUUCGUCUAUUACUCAAGAUCAUCGUUAAUUACAGGGGCCCGCGAAUCGACAACAUCAGCUAUUCAGUUCCUUCAAAGCAGGUCGGAGCGAUACCGCACAUCGAACAGGAGGCCCCUAUCAUCCCGCUUCUGUAUCCGCCACCGUCGAAUGCCACCGCCUUCGAUGAAGAUUACUACAAGUCAGAUGGCAACACAGACGGGUUCUGUCUGUUCAAGGUCGAGAAUGCGUUAUUCAGAGUUCAUCGAUUUGUCCUGGCUCGGGAUACGUCCGCUUUUGAGUCAAUGUUCAAAAUGCCCGCACCCCGACCUAAGCUCGGCGACAACAAGAACAUUUGCGAUGUUCCUGUCGCCCUCACGGAUACUGCAGAGCAAUUCCGGGACUUGCUUUGGGCGCUGUAUGCUUUACCAAAUGAUCUCCACCCACUGGAGGCCAAUAGCGAUAGGGAGGGUGUUAGCUCAGCUCUCCCCAUGAAUCGGCUCCUUAACAUCGCAGAAAUGGCGCACAAGUACGGCUUCGUGUCGUUCGAAUCAUGGGCGUUGUCCCAUAUCUAUAGACAGUGCCUAGAAGUCUCUGGGCCACUGCACACAGGUUCAUCGUCCUUGUGCGCACGAAUAUCAGAUACCGCUUUACGCACUGGGCACCACGGUCUGAGCGAACUUAGUAUGGACAUACUAGCCCGGCGACUGCUAGAUUUUUCGUCCCCAAUCGAUUUCUAUCUUCCGCCAAUCCUGGCUAUCGCGGAGAAGCACGGUCUACGGAGACUGAAAGGGAUGGCACUAUAUCGACAUAUCAUUAUAAGCGAGAGAAGAAGAAAACCUCUAUCGAACUCGAACCCAUUACUCGGGCUCGACUCUUCGAAGACACCACCGCAUGUCCAUAAAUGCAUCGAAGACACCCUAGGCCUCGAUAGAACCUCAUAUCUAUCUGCCUAUCAUUCACUCGUGAACGUCUGGGAACACAUUCGCAGCAACGCACCGCCUCUGGAGAAUAGCGGCUGUGAUAACCAUGGAGAAUGCCUGACCUGCUGGCAGGAGGUGUGGACACAAGCAGCACAGGCUGCCGAAGCCACGCAGCCUGGCUCUGCGGACGUGCUAAAUAGAAUUCAAGCUAUGAACAAGAUCUUGCGCAGGUCGCUCUGGAUACAUACAUCCAUUCCUUUGACGUGCGCACUGGCUGCGCUCGAGAGUUGUGUCAAUCUACGGGACAGAUUGAUCGGUAACCUUCCGCAACUGUUUGACGAAUUGUAG